AUGGCAGUAUGGCACGCAGGUCAUGGUACAGCAAUAUCAGUAACAGCUAUGGCUCCAUUUUCAGUUAUUCUCGGCAAUAUCAUGGCAGUAAAAUUCCCCCUUUCCCCUCCACCAAAGUGUGCUGUAAAGAUAAUUUUUCUUGGAAUACUUAUUCCUAAUUAUUCCUCCAGUCCUUUGUAUGUGUGGUUUCUCAAAAUAAUGUUUCUAGUUGCUGGCAGUGAUGGGUUGGAACAGCACUGGGCACUGGGCGGAACAGGGGACGACAACAACGGUGUUGGGCAGGAUAGUUAUGGAAUAUGGAUUGCAUAUUGGGAUUAUAUGAAGUUUUCUUGGAAAAUUUUGUUGGUCCUAAAACCUUGA